AUGCCGCCAUCACGGUCAAGUCGCAACUCCUCCAGCGUGGAUGGACGCAUUUCGAAUACUGCUUAUUACGCGAAUUAUCAUGGUCACCAGGUGCAGCAUCUGGUUCGGACGAAGACUCUACUGACAGAGCUCUACUGGCCUGAGAGAUUAAGGGGGCUGACAUCUGCAUUCAUCUCUCUCCGUAUACUCCCACAUCACUUUCUUGGACCUCAGCAUCAUGGGCUUGCAGAAUAUUGCUCUUUGACUCGCAUAGAUAUCAGCUGGUGGAAGUAUUCGCGACAAGAAUGAGUUUUGUAGACCUCUAAAGAACCAAUCCCGAGAAGAUCCUAGACCUGGGGACAAGAAGGGCGGAUUCAUUUACCUGCUAGGCGACUCAACGUUGGACAACAAGCACUGGCUCUACUCUUAUGAUUAUACUGUGUGGAUCAGCUAUGAGUAGAUCGAUAUCUUGGUUACCUCUGCGGAUGAAUACAUAGAUAUCGCGCGGUGCUUCGAACUAAUGGCUACCACGACAACAGCGUUUCAUUCAUUCCGCGCUUCUUUUCCCUCACUGCUCUAAGCCCCCAACGUUUCCAUGAAAGACAUACCCGACACUCUCGUUCGUGACGGACUGCCAGCUUGUAACGGCUACGAGCAAAUUCUCUCAAGGCCUCAGCGAUCGAUCCCGGAUGUUGCUUACUGGCUAAAUCGAGCCAUUGCGGACUCGAGUCGAGCGUCACCUUCACGUCGUAGUAGUGAUAGCUCAGCUCCACUUCCCCACUACAUCGCAGUCAAUGCUGCAGUAGAAGAGAGUACUUUGGGGCAGAGACGUAGGGGACUUUUGCCACAUGACAAGUUUGUCGCAGACGCAUUCGGUAAAGAGGAUAUUCUGCUAUUUUCAUGUGGGGGAAACGAUAUUGCGUUGUUAAGAAAGGGUGAGUAAGAGUAUUACUAUUAUCAGAGCUUCCCGCAAUCCAUCUUCAGAGUCAUCCUGGUAUUGCUUUUUCCCUUUGGAGAUGGAUUUCCUGAAGCCUUAAAAUUAGCUUAUUUGUAGUAGUUUCCGUUUCCCGAAGUCAUGAACGCUAUACGUAUACCACUCAAAUGGAAGUCGUUUUAUUCCCGCCCUUAUAAAAAAGUGCUUUACCUCUAGCCUAUUUUACUAAAACGAAGCGGGCCUUCCUCUAAGGGGAGCUCCUGGCUUAAGCACCAUUAUCAAUAUCGCAUCUGCGGUUUUCUGUGCGAGCCUCUUUGGCAGUCGAGAAGACGGGUACACCCCAGGACUGACGCAUUUCGCUGAGCUGUUUGGCAAGCAGACGAAGGAUUUCAUCCAGAAUGUGGUGUGGAGUUCAGUUAUGCUUAUUUGGUUGCUGUCAGCAUCCUUUAUUUCCUUUUCUCGACUGUAGUUGUCCGUGGAUGUCCCCAGUUCCCACGACUUUUCCAGUUCCUGUAGUUGUCCGUGGAUGUCCCCAGUUCCCACGACUUUUUCCAGUUCCUGUAGUUGUCCGUGGAUGUCCCCAGUUCCCACGACUUUUCCAGUUCCCACGACUCUAACGCUUGCGGCGAAGGUGGAGGAUGCUCCACAAUAAAACCGAAAUUGAUCGUGGUCUGCAUGCUUUACUUCCUGGAUGAGGACAGUUCACAGUACAGCUGGGCUAACGCAACGUUGAGUUUUCUCCGGUAUAAUAUCGAUCCGACCAUGCUCCAGAAUUUCAUACGAUACUGCUUCUUAUGGUCGUAGUAUUUUUUCUUCCUGGACCACGUUCAGAUUCUAGACCAUGACCCUGAUUGAAUCAUCUGCAUUUUCUUGUACUUUCUAGGCUUUAAUAUGAUCAUGCCGAUCUUGAUGUCAUCUAAUCUCCAAAGAAGGCACGAAGAACAUCCGAGUUAACACCAGUAGGGACACUCCGAAUGAUCCAGCCACAGAAAUUCCAGUUCUAGCAGUGCCGUUGUUUGAGACCUUAGAUGGUAAAGAUACGCGUGACUAUGUCGCUCGUGUCGAACCUAGUGUGGCUGGAGGUAAAAAACUAGGCUAUGCAUUGUGGAAAGUGAUACAAGAAAAAUUGAAGGAAAUUGAUGGAGAAACUCCAAACAUCAACUGAUGAAAAGUUUAAAAUGAUUUCCGAAAUUGAAAGCAUGCGCAUGUGUUGUUGUUUUCAAGAAACUAAGGCCUACUUUCAACAUUGUGAUUCCUUUUCCAAUAACAUGCCGACUUUCAUGCAGCCACAUCUUUCUGUGUCUGAUUGGAGGAAGCGCUGUCUUCGGGUUGGUAUGGCUCAGCGUGCUGCGCCACCCGUUGACAUUACUACAUGCGAACACUAGGACUGCUUAUUUUCACCCUCAAGGUGAUGCGUUUUCUUAUAUAAUUCCCGGCCUGUUUCAGUUGUGCAAAUCGUGAAGGUUUUGCAUGAUUCUCAUGCGGUUGCAAAGUUGUCAAAUGUGUGG